AGUCCCACUUUAUGUCGAGUUUGCUGUAAUGCAUGGUCUGGAUUAGAUUCCAGGCACUAUUUAAAUCAAAUAUCUUUCAUAACACUUGAAUGUAUGUUGUUUUGGAGGCUUCUCUGCAUACCCAUUGCUCAUAUACUAAUGUCUGCUGCUGCAUACUUGAUUUCUGAUUAUGGAAGUUUGAGAAAGAAAACAUGCAUACGUAAUUUUCUCGGUGCUACCCUCAGUUUCUCAAAUGCGCAACACCAACGAUGUGAUGAAACCUAGUUUUUAUUCUUCAUACACAUCAUUUUAAUAACGAAAUUGUAUUUAGUAAUGAAGAUUAUGGACGACACUGCUUUACCCGUAAUGAAGUUACAUAGAGCAGAUACAUUUAUAGUGUACGCGGCACAUGCAGUAUUAUUAGCCUUUUAUAAAUGCUUCAGUAUCUCGGAUGUCUUUUCAUAUUUCUCUGACUCCACAGGAGUGCUUGUUGUUUUCCAUAUCCUCAAUAACUUCAACAAAUUCACCUUAUUCAGCCCCGUCAUUUUUCAGCGCUCCGCUCUUCCGAAUUUUGUCAUCUAAUUUCCUGUUUGUAUUGAAGCUACUUGAGAAGAGUCGGUCAAAAUGGAUUGCGUGUGGCAGCACAAAAUUAUUUUUUAGAUAGAGUUGAUGGUGUGAGUCUACAGCACACUUUUACUACAUGAAAAUUAUUGAGGUGUUUUUCUGUCACUCUUAAUGGUAUCUUUUACUACACCCGCGGAGGUAAAUUGGACCAGGCAGAUCACAUUCAGUCAGCUAUGACACACUGCACAUUUUCAUAAUACAAGCCAAGCGUAUUGUGUUACACGCGUAAUUCUACGAUUAAUUUUAGGUUUUCAACUUGUUAAUAAUUUGUAGUUGAUAUGACAUUUCCAACAGUGACAGCUCGUAUUAUUUAUUACACAUUUAAGUUCAAUGUUAAAGAAAAUUACAUUUCUACUUUUUUGCAUACAUAUUUUAUAAGCUUAAAUGUGAUUUAAAAAUGGUUGUAAACGGAAUAUAAAAUAAAACAUACACUUUCACAUGUGUUUGUGUAUAAAUAUAAUUGCAACACCGUCCUGGUUUAACGCUCAAACAAUCUGCUCACUUGAACUAUAUCGUACGGUAGCCGUGAAGUGCAAAACAAAAAUAUAAAUCCAAAAACAAAAUAACAAUUCAGUAACACAACAACAAAUCAUAAAACAAAGGAAAACAAAAGAGCAUAUCAGCGAACACAACAGCGAAUCCUGAAACAAAAGCUAGAAAACGGGAAAGAUAGGUUCCAAAGAUUCCCACCCAGGGGCGUAGCACCAAAUUUUGGGCCCUGGGUACAAACCAUCUUGCUGGGUAUGUAUAGAAAACUGACUUCUAAGGGGCCCCCCCUGCCUCGGACCCUGGGUACUCGGUACCCUUUACCCCCCCAGUCCGACGCCCCUGUUCCCACCCGAUUGGCUCAGGACUGGUUCUCUGUUCACUUGCGCGAUUAUUUUACAAUUAAUUACAAAUGUUAAAUCACUAAAAAUUGUGAGUGGUUUAUCACUCAGUAAAACAGUAAUGGGACACUUUAUAACAUAGAGCACAAAAACAGCGAGCAGGAAUAUUAUUAGUUUACGAUGUUAGGAAUAGUUUUAGGUAUGGUAUUCAUCUACGAGACCAUCUACAAAUUCCACAAACUGCUUUAAAAAGCCAGUUUCCAAGCGUUUAUUCAAUUGACUUGCAUAUUGUAACAUAACACUGUUAAUAAAAAACAUUUUCUAAUUCUAAAGGCUGCUGCCGGCAUGAUGGCUUACUUUCUACAUUUGAAGACAGCAUGUCCAAUUAUGAGUACAGUGUUCAAUUAUUUUAGAAAAAAUAAAAUUGGUAAAACAUUUUCCCAAGAUAUUAUUUUCAUAUGUAAAGGCUGUAGAAGGCUGCUCUUAGGUAUGCUGACUUACUCUAGGUGAGAUUUUCCCAGGAUGUGGAAUUAUUUUAUUAUUAUUAUAAAACUACAAGCUAGUCAUUCACACCACUGGCAGCCUGCUGCAACCUUUGUAAUGUAAAAAUGACAUCUUGGUGAAUUUUAGUGGUGUUUUUUUUCUAAAAUAAUUGAACACUAUUAAUUGGAAAUACUUGGGAAAUCUAUCCAUUUGCAUCAACUGGAAACUUUUUAUUUUACACAACUGUUUUUUUUUUUUAUUUAGAGUAUGCAAGUUGAAUUCAUGCUUGGAUGCCGCCUACGUUUUAGCAGAGUUUGUGGACUUUAAGAUGGUCUCUUAUGCUCUAGAUGAAUCAUAGAAGAACUUCAUACCUAAAACUAACUAUUUCCGCACUCUGUUUUUACUCUCUGUGUUAUAAAGUUUCCUGUUACUGUUUUCCUGAGAGAGGAAACACUCCAAAUGACUUCGUUUUGAAGUCAGUGAACUUUUGGCAUGGAUUUUGAUAUAAUCAGUGAACCAAUCCUGAAGAAAGGACUAGGUCUCAUUCACAGCCAAUCAGGUGAGAAGCUAUGGUACAUACCCUUUCUGUUUCGACUGCAUUGCUGUUGUGUUUUCUAACUUGUUGUUUUGUUUCCGGAUUCUCGGUUGUGUUUGCUGAUUUGCUCUUUUGUUUUUCAGAUUUGCCCUUGUGUUUUAUUAUUUAUUGUUUUGGUUUGCAAUUCAUGGCAACCGUAAUUACGUAAUGGGUGAAUGACAUGAGAAGAUGGUCAGAGGUGUAGCAUGAGAUAUUUUUAAUGACUUUGUGUUGUCUCUUGGAGUUUCAUGAGCACAGAGGCACAUCAGUACUCUACAGCGUGAAGGUAGGAUCUUGUGUAUUUAAGAAUGAAGUAGUCUUGUAUUAAAAUAUCCCCACUCUGCUUCCAAAUGUUGUAAAUCUACUUCUCUAGCUAAUUACACUAUGACACCAACACAGGGGCGGUGCCAGGAUUUUUACACAGGGGGGCAGGGUACCAUGAUCCGUGUGUGGUGGCACUUAAAUUCCGUCCAGCAGAUUGUUGGCCGACCUGGGGGGUGUCACAUCGUUUGGGGUGGGGAACUGCAUCAACACCAUAGAUAUCUAUAUAGAACUGCUAUAACGGAAGUUCCGAGUCAAAAUGUUUAAAAUGGCUGCAUGCUAGUUUCUCUGGCGAAUAAGAUUUCCAACUGAACUCUCACUUGUCCACACUGGCCAGUAUCCACAAGAUCUACCACACCCUGCACAGGCUGAACCUGACAGAAGACGUCAGUCCAGAGACUCACGGCACAGCCUGCUGCUCCAAAGCCAUGCCCCCUAGGAAAAAGAGGAGACCAACUGCUGGAGAUGACCUGUCUGCAAAGAAGAGCCGGCAGGAUAAUGUUUACAGAAAACAGGAGACAUUGCAAAUCCAGGAAGCUGAGGCUUUUUCUAGCAAGAGAUGUCUAGAGUGGUUCUACGAAUAUGCAGGGUGUGAUGAUGUGGUUGGACCGGAGGGCAUGGAGAAAUUCUGUGAAGACAUUGGAGUGGAGCCAGAGAAUGUUGUAAUGCUGGUAUUGGCCUGGAAGCUUGAUGCUCAGAGUAUGGGAUACUUCACUUUACAGGAGUGGCUCAAGGGAAUGGGUUUAUUGCAGUGUGACUCUACUGAAAAACUCAGGAACUCUCUAGACUACCUGAGGUCUGUCCUCAACGAUGCCACCAGUUUCAAGCUCAUUUACCGAUAUGCCUUCGACUUUGCCAGGGAGAAGGAUCAGAGAAGUUUAGACUUGAAUACUGCCAAGUGCAUGCUGGGACUUCUACUUGGGAAGACCUGGCCACUGUUUCCAGUGUUUAACCAGUUUCUAGAACAAUCUAAAUAUAAGGUCAUAAAUAAAGAUCAAUGGUGCAAUGUUCUAGAAUUCAGUAGGACUAUCAACCUUGAUCUCAGUAACUAUGAUGAGGAUGGGGCCUGGCCAGUGCUGUUAGAUGAGUUUGUCGAAUGGUAUAAAGACAGGGAGAUGUCGGUGCGACAACUUCCCCACACCCACCACCACCAAGUAGAAAUUAACUCCAACAAUCACCAUGACAAUAAUGACAGAACCAGCCUUGAAACAAACAUCUAGAAAACAUAUUACAAAUCAAAACUGGAGUGUUAGGGACAAACUGAUGGUGGCCACUAGCAGCAAGUGCUGAGUGGAUUGUUUCUGUAGAAUAUAAUUAUCAAUGCACAUGUUGUAUGUUGCCCUUACAGCAAGGGCAAUAACAGGGUCACUGGUGGUUGUGUGUUGAAGAAACUGCACCUCAUCAACUCCACCUAAUGCCCCAAUAGCCUCGCAAUGCAUUGAGGGUAAGCACAUGGCCAACUUCAGUGCUGCCUUCCCACCCCACUGUGAUAUUUCAUAUUGCUGUGAAUGUUCUAACUGGCCAUUAUAAGGAGGAUGAAAUACAAUUUCCUGCAAGGCAGGGUAAAAGCUCACAUCUUGUCUGAAAUCUUAAGAAAAUUAAGUAAUUUUGACCUGAAAAGAAAGACAAAGAAAGGUCACCUACUUGGCUUUUUUUUUUUUUUUUUUAAAUAUACAUAUACUAAGACUUGUUGGUUCAUGUCAAAGUUCUAUAGAAGUGGCUUACAGUGUCUCUCUGCUAAUGUGGUCCAAACACUGUUGGUUUCUGUGUUGGAGGAUGAUGACAGUCAGAGCAUGUUGCUUUGCCAUCUUUUAUAUUUGCACAAUGUAUUGUCACAAUACAUUUAGUUGCCACUUAAUAAAGCAUGGCACUUGCAAGAUUCUGAUUAACAUUCUGCUUCAACAGUAUUACCUGUAGUAUUGUAUCAGUAUCCCACCGCUUACAUACUUCACAUCGAUUAUGAGAUCAAAGAGAAGAGCUUUACUACUCACAACAUGAAAACAGGAGCUCAUACCUCUGCCAGAAUAUCCAGAUGUAUUAACAGUGUACUGAAAUGCACUGUUAAAAACCAGCACAUACCAUAAAUGUACUAGGUAUGAAAUAUUCCUGCAGAUGUUUACAAAUGUGAAAUGGAAAUUAUCCACAGUGCCAGUACGUAAGCCUCACCAACAUGUUGUAGUCCAUCCUGUCUUCUCUGAGCCUUUGGCCUUUGAUCUGAAAUGGAGUGGAAAGUUGCUUUAAGAUGGUUAAUUUUAGUUUAAGUUUUAAAUGUGAUCAGGUGUAAGGUUUCCUAAUAUGGUGAAUGUGUAAGUAGAGUGUAGAUCCCAGUAUUCUUUUCUUGGCUCACAUGUCUGUUUUUAUAAAUAUGGCCAUCUUUCCAAGUAUUGUGAGAAGGGGCUACAGAGAACAUUCACUAUGUUACAUCAUACAUCUGAUUUCAUUGGAUAUUUCAUGAACAAACCCUAGCAAUGCAACUAUACCGUACAUGCCAUUAGGUGGAAGUGAAAGGGCUGAGAUCUAAGUGAUAGAAAAAAGACAAGAAAGAAUUAAAUUUGUUAAAAGUGCACUUUUGAUUUCUGUGAUGAAUUGCCACAAAAUAUAUAAAAACAGGUAUCCUGCCCUAAAACCUCUUUUGGCCAAACCCUCUUCUACAGAUCUUGUGGUCUAAUGUUAUCAACUUAACCCAUAGUGGCCAAUGCCUAGCAGCUACUUAACGUUCGAGUUUGUACAACUGUUAAGUUUCAUCAGUGGCUGUGGUGUGAAGCUAACUUGACCUUCAACCGAGGAAAAAAAUGCAUGCAUGCAUUCUGCAAUUAGAGCCGUCUUGUGAAUGAAUGAGGUUUUUUUUGGGGGGUUCUUAUUUUCUUUGUACAGGUAUUUGUAGACAUGGAUUAUUUGUGCAUAAUUUGGAUAUCUGCAGUCUAACGCUUUAUAAAAAAAUCAUGAUCAUGUGAUGAUAUUUAGAGCUUAAACACACACCUGUAACCUCAUCUGUUGAGAUUCUCUGCAUUGCCUCCUCCACCAUCUCCACUAAGUGCUAAACUACCACUUUCAUGUUUGACUGCAGCACUUUUUUUUGUUAUCAGUUCAUAUAACAAGGAAUCAAAGUACAGAGUCAAAAUCAUUAUGAACCUUUACUAAAGAGCUUAUGUUGGCUAACAAUAUCGUUUAUUACUGGUUACAAGAUGUUUUGUUCUGUUUUAAGAAUCUGUUAGCUGAGGGAUGAAGGUUACUCACCAUAAAUUACAUGCAAAGUGCAGAAAAGUAUCUUAAGCACCCAGUAUCUGAGACCUCAGCAGUCUAUGUUGUGCAUGCUGGCCAGAAUCCAUUUGUAAAGUGUCUAUUGACACUUGUUAUAGUCCCAUUCAUUUGCACCUGUUUGUGCCUGAGGGAGAUAGUUUCUUAGAAUUUGAGGAUCUUAAAAGUUAAGAGUUCCCUUAUGUUCUGACUGUUGCUUUAUUUUGGGGAGUAUGUGAUGCAGAGGGUUGCACAUUCUCAUCUGACUGUAUACAUGUAUGGAUGUGUGUGUAUGUGUUUGAUUUCACUGUAACCUCUACAUUCAAUAUAAAUAAAG